CCGAGGGGGGCGGGCCUGGACGUGCGGAGUGAAAGCGAAAGGCCGGGCAGAGAGCCGGGAGACCGGAGAUCUUGCAACUGGAGCAGCAUGGCCAAGCCUUGUGGGGUGCGCCUGAGCGGGGAAGCCCGCAAACAGGUGGAUAUCUUCAGGCAAAAUCUUUUUCAGGAGGCAGAGGAAUUCCUCUACAGAUUCUUACCACAGAAAAUCAUAUACCUGAAUCAACUCUUGCAAGAGGACUCCCUCAAUGUGGCUGACCUGACCUCUCUCCGGGCCCCACUAGACAUCCCCAUCCCAGACCCCCCACCCAAGGAUGAUGAGAUGGAAACAGAUAAGCAGGAGAAAAAAGAAGUCGCUAAGUGUGGCUUUCUCCCUGGAAAUGAGAAGGUUCUCGCCCUACUUGCCCUGGUUAAGCCAGAAGUGUGGACUCUCAAAGAAAAAUGCAUUCUGGUGAUCACAUGGAUCCAGCACCUGAUCCCCAAGAUUGAGGAUGGAAAUGACUUUGGGGUGGCAAUCCAGGAGAAGGUGCUGGAGAGGGUGAAUGCAGUCAAGACUAAAGUGGAAGCCUUCCAAACAACCAUUUCCAAGUACUUCUCAGAACGCGGGGAUGCUGUGGCCAAGGCCUCUAAGGAGACUCAUGUAAUGGAUUACCGGGCCCUGGUACAUGAGCGAGAUGAGGCAGCGUAUGGGGAGCUCAGGGCCAUGGUGCUGGACCUGAGGGCCUUCUACGCUGAGCUUUAUCAUAUCAUCAGCAGCAACCUAGAGAAAAUUAUCAACCCAAAGGGUGAAGAGAAGCCAUCUAUGUACUGAGCCCAGGGCCAGAAGGGAAAUAAAUGAUCUAUGCUUUGUGUGGAUUA